AUGUCUUACCAGAUGCUGCUUCAAGAAUUGGCAGUUGGAUUUGGCACCAUGCAGGUCAUUGCUGACAAGAUCAAUUUGGGUGGAACCAGCUGGGCCUGGCUGGUGGGCGCCGCCGCCCGCCUGCCACGGAGAGCCAGCGCAGGGCCCGGGCCGCUUCGGACCAUGGCCCUGUACCGCACGGAGGAGCGCGGCCAGCCCCACUCUCCCGAUUACCGCCUCUUUUUCAAGAAUGUAGCUGGUCACUACAUUUCCCCCUUUCAUGAUAUUCCUCUGAAGGUGGACUCUGAAGAGAAUGUGUUUAACAUGGUUGUGGAAGUACCUCGGUGGACAAAUGCUAAAAUGGAGAUUGCCACGAAGGAACCGUUGAAUCCCAUUAAACAAGAUGUGAAGGAUGGCAAGCUUCGCUAUGUGGCAAAUAUCUUUCCUCACAAGGGUUAUAUAUGGAAUUAUGGUGCCCUCCCUCAGACUUGGGAAGAUCCCCAUCGAAAAGAUAAGAGCACAGACUGCUGUGGAGAUAAUGAUCCUAUUGAUGUUUGUGAAAUAGGCUCAAAGGUUCUUUCUUGUGGAGAAGUUGUUCAUGUGAAGAUCCUUGGAGUUUUGGCUCUUAUUGAUCAGGGUGAAACAGAUUGGAAGUUAAUUGCUAUCAAUGUGAAUGAUCCUGAAGCCUCAAAGUUUCGUGAUAUUGAAGAUGUUAAGAAGUACAAACCCGGUUACUUAGAAGCUAUGCUUAAUUGGUUUAGAUUUUGUAAGAUACCAGAGGGAAAACCGGAAAACCAGUUUGCUCUUAAUGGAGAAUUCAAGAACAAGGCUUUUGCUCUUGAAAUCAUUAAAUCUACUCAUGAAUGUUGGAAAGCAUUGCUUAUGGACAAGUGUGAUGGCGGGGCUAAAAAUUGCACAAAUGUGCAGGUAUGUGAUAGCCCUUUCCGUUGCUCUCAAGAGGAAGCAAGAUCAUUAGUUGAAUCGGUGUCGUUUUCAUUGAAUAAAGGAAGUAAUGAAGAAGAUCAAGUAUGGCACUUCCUUGGCCAGUGAUUAGAACAUCUGAAGGUCUUCCAUCAGGAUUCCAGCCUCUAAGAACUCCGAGAUUCAAUCUCCCCCAAGUGCUCGAAACAGGCAGAAUUUGCUCAUUAACUUCCUGUUGAAACUUCUUUUUUUUUCCUUCAAGCUUUUUGCAGUAUGCAAUGUGUAAAUAAACAUUGACAUUUUUUAAUUAAAAAAAUAAAUAAAUAAAUUAGUAAGAGUUAAAAUGGGAGAAGAGGUUUGAAAUGUAUAACUGACAAAGAUUAGUAUCCAGAAUAUGGUAAAGAGCAUCUAUCCUGUUUUUUAAAGAUAACACAAUAUAAAAAUGGGCAGAGGUUCUUCAUAGACUAAGGAACACCACUGUGUCUAAGUGACGAAGGCCAAGAACAUAAAAAGAUGCACAGCCUCAUUACAGCUCAGCAAAAUGCAAAUUAAAACCACAAUGAAAUAUCAUUUCAUAUCUACCAGAGUGGGUAAAAAUACCCCACCUCUGAUAA